CUGCAGGCCAACCUGAUUCCAGGCCUGAACCUGAACGCUCUUGGUUUGUUCCCACCUUCAUCGUCGACCGUCCCGCCUCACCCUGUAGGUGUAGCACCACCAACACCUUAUGGUCCCUACAUGCAGACCUCGGAUCCAGAGACGGUCCAUGUGUUCAUCCCUGCCCAGGCCGUGGGAGCCAUCAUCGGGAAGAAGGGUCAACAUAUCAAGCAGCUGUCCCGGUACGCAGAAGCCUCCAUCAAGAUUGCUCCUGCGGAAAGCCCGGACACAAAACAGCGCAUGGUGAUCAUCACGGGGCUCCCUGAGGCCCAGUUUAAGGUCCAGGGGCGGAUCCAUGGGAAGCUGAAGGAGGAGAAUUUCUUUGGACCCAAGGAAGAAGUGAAACUAGAGACACACAUCAAAGUUGCUGCAUCAGCAGCUGGAAGGGUGAUCGGCAAAGGAGGGAAAACUGUGAACGAGUUGCAGAAUCUAUCGAGUGCAGAGGUGGUGGUUCCCCGAGACCAGGUACCCGAUGAGAAUGACCAAGUGGUUGUGAAGAUCAUCGGUCACUUCUACGCCAGUCAGCUCGCACAGAGGAAGAUCAGGGAAAUAUUGGCCCAAGUCAAACAGCAACAGAACAGCCAGUCCCAGCCCCGAAGGAAAUGAAGGCCAGAGAACGACAAGAUACCUGCCAACAAUGAAGACAGAUGCCAGGCCAAAGUGUGGCUGCGUUCAGAUCAACUGUUUGUUCACCUUUAACACAGUGGAAGGCUAAGUAGAUAAGAUUACAAGGACUAUUGCAAAUUAUUUGAAACUCUCAGAAGAAAAUAUUUAACUGUAAAUCUAGAGUGGAGAUGCUCAUUCUUUUUGCGGGGCCUGGGUCAAACGUGAUCAUUAGACAUUGGGAGAUUAGAGAAGUGGCAGUUGUAGAGGGACACCUGCAUUAGAAAUCCCGCAGUCUGUCGUUGCUGCUGGUUAGCAGAAGAAUUACUACAGUUGGGACUCUGCCAUGUGUAGUUUCUGCUUUUAUUGAAGUCCCUUCAACCUCCUUGGCCUCUUCUAAAACCUACCACCUUUGUACCCUCUUGCCCAAGCGCAGAUGUAGGAGCAGUUUCAAAGUUGACUCAGGCUGGGAAUGGAGAGGGGGUGCAGAUGCAGAGAAAUUCAGAUUCUAGCUGUAAGAUUGGCUAAGGCGUGUGGAGAGUCAGGAUACAACCUUCUGCUACGUUAAAUUAGACCCAAAGGUGGAAUUGUGAUGAGCAAAAUAUAGAUGGUUCUUCAUUCUCCCAGAUUGAAGUUUUCCAUUGAGAAUGUUGGUGUCUCUGAAAAUUGCAGAUGGAAUGUACAAAAUGCAGGUCAGUUGGCAUCUGCAGAGUGGGAACUGGAGCUAACAUCUCACCAUUCUUUGGUUCUGACGAUGAGUCUUCAGCUGGAAACAUUAAGUCAAAUUCCUUCUUUUGCAGAGACUCCCCAACCUCUUUAGUUCUUCUAACACUUUAUCUUUUUGCAUUUGAUUUCUUUACCAAGUAUCAGACCCAUCAACUACCCACAACCUUAGCUCACAGACCCCCCCUAAACAUGCAUUCACUUCCUCCUAGCAAAGUCCCUCACAGAACAUAGAACAGAAACAGGCCCUUCAGCCCACAAUGUUGUGCUGAAACAGUUAAGUUAGUGUAACUGAUCUUUUCCUCCUUCACAACAUCCAUAUCUUUCCAUUUUCCUCACGUUCAUGUACCUAUCUAAACAUCUCUUAAAAGUCCCAAAGGUAUCUGCCUCUACCACCAGCCCAGGCAGCUUAUUCCAGGCACCCAGCACUCUGUGUAAAAACAAUUUGCCCCUCACAUCUCCUUUGAACCUACCCCUCUCACCUUCAAUGCAUGCCCUCUGGUAUCAGACAUUUCAACCCUGGGAAACAGAUACUCUCUGUCCACUCUAUCUGUGCCUCUCAUAAUCUUAUAAACCUCUCUCAGAUCUCCCCUCAGCCUCCUGUGCAAUUAAUCAUUCUAGAAACUAGAAUUAAGAGACCCAAUGUUGAAUUAACUUGAGUGACUUUAUGCAGAGUAGCAUUCUAAUGUGUUUUGUAGAAUCUAAACAAGAGAUAAAAAUGGAUUAAAAACACCCUUAGGGCAGGGUUUCCCGAUCUGCUUUAUGCCACGGACUAAUGCCAUUAAGCAAGGUCUCUAUGGAGCCCAGGUUGGAGCCCCUGACCUGGAGUUGGGGAACUGUUCACACAUAAAACGCUGGAGGAACUCAACAGGUCAGGCAGCAUCUCUGAAAAUGAGUAAACAGUCGACAUUUCAUCAAGACUGGUGAAGGGUCUCUGCCCAAAUCAUCGACCGUUUCUUUCUCUCCAUAGAUUUUUAAAAGUUUUAUUUAGAGAUUCUGGCUUCU